AGAAGGAAACCAAAGAGGUGUUUUCUAUGUAAAAGGCGAUAUUACUGGGCCGCUGUAGGAUUCAUAAGUCGUGAUUUAUCGGUGGAAUCUCUCCAAUGUUAGGAGAUUAUUUUAUAAUAAUUUAAAACCUAGAAUCAUAAAGCAGGAGAAAAUGCAGGAUGACGCACGGUACCUUAAACGCAAAGUGACUGCAGGCAGUUUGGACGUCCAUCCCACAGAGAAGGCCCUGGUGGUCCAGUAUGAGGUGGAGGCGUCCAUCCUGGGAGAGGAUGGAGGUCCAGUGCUGGGGGAACGCAAGGAGGGGCAAAAGAUUAUCCGUGUGAAAAGCCUCUCUCCUACCACCGAUGUGGCAGCUUUGGCCAGGAAAGUGGUGGAGGAGUGUAAACUCAUCCCUGCCUCCCGUUUGCCUCAGGUGGAGCACCUGCUCUACUACCUGCAGAACAGGAAGUCCUCCCCCGUGGAGGGGAAAGCAGAGAAGAAAGAGAAAAGGGCCGUAAAGCCCAAAGACCUGACACCAUUUGAAGGAAUGGAGUUAAACGAAGAAGCCAUUAUAACCAGAAUGGAUGAGUAUGUCGAGCUGCUCUAUGAAGGCAUCCCAGAGAAAAUCAGGGGCGCUGCUCUGAUUUUGCAGCUCGCCCGCAACCCCGACAACCUGGAGGAGCUGCUGCACAACGAAGCUGCUCUGGGAGCUCUGGCCAGAGUUCUGAGGGAGGACUGGAAGCAGAGUGUUGACUUGGCUACCAGCAUCAUUUACAUCUUCUUCUGCUUCUCCAGUUUUUCUCAGUUCCAUGCGGUGGUGAGUCACUAUAAGAUAGGGGCGUUGUGUAUGAGCGUGGUGGAACAUGAGCUGAAGAGGUACGAUGUGUGGCGGGAGGAGCUGCGCAAGAAAAGCAAGGCUUGUGAGGCAGCACCAGAAAAUGGCUCUCUGAGGAGAGACCAGGAUAAAGCUCUGAGGAAAUACCAAGGCCUCUUAGCUAAGCAGGAGCAGCUUCUCAGAGUUUCUCUCUACCUCCUGCUGAAUCUCGCUGAGGACACGAGGACGGAGCUGAAGAUGAGGAAUAAAAACAUUGUGGGGCUGCUGGUCCGAGUUCUGGAGCGGGACGAUGAGGAGCUGUUGGUGCUGGUGGUUUCGUUCCUAAAAAAGCUCUCCAUCUUCCUGGAGAAUAAGAAUGACAUGGCUGAGCUUGACACUGUGGAACACCUGGCCCGUCUUGUUCCCUGUCAGCAUGAGGACCUGCUAAAUCUAACUCUGCGUCUGCUACUUAACCUCUCCUUUGACUCUGGACUCAGGGCCAAGAUGGUGGAAGUUGGGCUUUUACCUAAGCUCACAGCUCUGUUGGGUGAUGAGAGCAACCGGCAGGUGGUGAUGCGCAUCCUGUACCACAUCAGCAUGGACGACCGCUUUAGAGGCAUGUUUGUUUACACUGACUGCAUACCUCAGCUGAUGCAGAUGUUGUAUGACCACGGCGGUGAGGAAAUAGAAGCUGAGCUCAUUUCCAUCUGCAUUAACCUGGCUGCAAACAAAAGGAACGCUCAGCUCAUGUGUGAAGGAAAUGGGCUGAAGAUGUUGAUGAAAAGAGCUCUGAAAACAAAAGACUGCCUUCUUAUGAAGAUGAUCAGAAACAUCUCCCAGCAUGAUGGCCCAACUAAACCCCUGUUUAUUGACUACGUGGGUGACCUGGCUGCAGAGAUCCGUACCGAGGAAGAGGAGGAGUGGGUGCUGGAGUGUCUGGGCACGCUGGCCAACCUAACUAUCCCCGACCUGGACUGGGAGUUGGUUCUGAAGGAGUAUAACUUGGUGCCUUUUCUCAAAGACAAACUCAAACCAGGCUCGGCUGAGGAUGACCUUAUCCUGGAGGUGGUCAUAAUGAUUGGAACUGUCUCCAUAGAUGAUGCCUGCGCUGUCAUGUUGGCCAAAUCUGGCAUCAUCCCUGCUCUUAUUGAGCUGCUGAACGCACGCCAGGAGGACGACGAGUUUGUGUGUCAGAUUGUGUACGUCUUCUACCAGAUGGUGUUUCAUCAGGCGACUCGAGAUGUCAUCAUCAAAGACACCCAGGCUCCAGCUUACCUGAUUGAUCUUAUGCAUGACAAGAACACAGAGAUCAGGAAAGUGUGUGACAACACUCUGGACAUCAUCGCUGAGUAUGAUGAGGAGUGGGGGAGGAAGAUCCAGUCAGAGAAAUUUCGCUUCCACAACAACCAGUGGCUGGAGAUGGUCGAGAGUCGACAGGUUGAUGAGGCCGAGCCAUAUCUCUACGAUAACGACAACGACCGGACGGAUCUGUUCUACAGCGCAGAUGGAAUAACUCCAGGAGACGGCUCGGCAAGCCCAGAUUUCUUCAGCGUCCUGCAGCCUCAGAAUGGAGACUUGCACCAUGCAGGAGAUGUCAAUGAUGUCUUUGACCAGAGCAGCUCAACGACAGGACGACCAGCCACAGCUUAUGGCUUCAGACCGGAUGAACAGCCGUUCUACCAGUUCUCAUAAUCUCACUCAUCCUACAUUCAUUUCUCAUCGUCGUGCAUGCCCGUCUCUGUACUGCUUCACUCUUAGUUGUCAGGACUGAACAUCUUGUAGCUCUUUAGAAAGUGACCACAUGUCUUAUACUUUAUUUAGUGAAGGUAAAGACCAGAAUAUUCGGUUCAAUUCAUACUUUUCAUUUCACCUUCUUAUUUAUUAUUAACUUAUAAAGAUAUGUCUUUCUUUUUCUCAUUAUUUUAGAAAAUAAUUUACACUUCAAAGGGACACGUGGUUUCAGAUUUGCACAUUUUAAAUAUCUAAUAGCAUUACCACACAAAAACAACAAAAAACAGGAAGAAAUGGCCUCUUUUGGUUCAACAUGGUUUAUUUCCUCUAACUCCUAGGUAUCAUAGUUGUCUUAUAAACCUACACUAAUGUAUGCACAUAUUUGACUGUAUCUCUUAAAAUAAAUGUUGCAGAUUUCAUCUAAAGCAGGGCGUAACUUUAGUAACUUUAGUUGUAACAGUCCAUACAGAACAGAAACACAGAAGCAUGAAAUGAAAUUGAAAACUGUUGCAAAGUUUUGGUUUUGUAUUGCUUCUUCAAGACAUUUCCUUGCUGCAAAGAUGCAGAAAAGUACAAACUUUUUUUGUACUUGUAAAGCGAAAGAAAUUCGCUCCAAACCAACUCAAGCUGUCUCACAUGCAGAUAUUCAUUUGCAUUUCACAGAAUGAAGGAUUGCAUUUUCAAACCCCUACAAAGCAAAGCGUUUAAAAGUGUAAUUUAUGCUUGGACUAAUAGAUGUGUUUUCGUCUAAAGCCAUUUAUACGCUACGAUUUUUUGCACUUUUUCGAGCUGAUUCUCCAGUCGUGCAAGAAUUUAUCGAUCAAGCCGAGUUUCCGCCUGAGCGCACGUUGUGUAGUGUACGGGGGGGUAACGAGGGGCGGUCAGCCUCUGACGACCGCCUCCUGAUCAGGAAUCGUAAGGUUGGGAGAAAAUCGAACAUGUUUAAAAUUCAGUCGGUCGACCAAAGAUCUCUUCAGAGUGUCGGGCGGCACAGUGUGAACAUGCAUUGUGAGCUGUGAACUUGUGAACUCUGCAGUUUUGUUGUACAGCUUGAGCUGUAGCUGUGUGCAAAAAUUGAAAAUAUCCAUCAGUUUUUGCCCGGCUUAAGAGAUGUGACUAAAAGGCUCCAAUUAGGGAAACACUGGAUAACUUGGCUUAUAGCCGAGAUCUAAAAAAUGCUGUUUUAUCUUCAUUCGUUAAGCUUUUACCUCACACCACAGCAGUAUUUUUUUUGUUUUUUUUAGGCAUAUGUUGCACAUAUAUUUUAAUUUUGACGCAUGUUUGUGAUGGAUUUCUUUUUCAUAGUCAGUUUCUUUAUGGCUGUCGAACAACAUGUAAUCUGUCCCUCUCACUGUUGGUCAGCUUCUGGUUUAAAAAAGAUGGGAUGUAUCUCUUCUGGAAACGGUUUGGACUUCUUAAUAUCUUGUGGAAUUUUUUUUUUAUUUUCAAUCUGUGUAUUAUGGAGAUUUUUCUUUUGUUCCUAUCUGAAUGACCAAGUAAAAGUUGCAGAUAAAUAUCAAGCAGAAUUUUUGUUUUUUUUUUGUUUUAAAAAAAAAUCUUAAUCUAAAAACUGGCAGGCAUUUGUAUAAAGCUUU